AUGCUUGUCAAAUCUACCGCCGUGACCUUGCUGGUGGCUGUCGGUUCAGCCUCGGCUGCCGUCAUGUCUUAUGGCAAAGAAUCUAUCAUGAAGGAGGAUGCCGACUUUGGCCUUUGCCUGCCGACUAUGAAAUAUGAGGGUGGACUCGGUGGGCGGUCGUUGGUGGACUUUACUUUCCUGCCCAGCGACCCGCUGUGUGCCCGUGGUCAACAAGAAGCAACCAACCCAAACAUUAUUACCAACCGAAUCUGCGACCAACUCGCCACCGUCUGUGGCGCGAAUGAAGCUGCAAAGGUUCUCUGCCGCGAUUCUCAGGCCAAGAUUCGAGCUUUGGGGACUCGCGAUCGAUCCACCGCCGAGACCUGGAACACCCUCAUGGGCUUCGGCGGUGCCCUGACCAACCCUGACGGUGGGGCUCCCGUGCCAAAUGCUGUCAAGGAAGACCUGAAGAAGAGAGACAACAAGGAUGUGGAAAAGCGAGCUCCCAGGAUCUUCUGCUCUACCACCGAGUGGCUUGACGACUGCACUGGAUGGCCUGCUCCUGAACCCGUUGUCAAGAGAUCUGAAAACGAUGCCGCCGCCGCCGCUGCUGCUGCUCCCAUUGUCAAGAAGCGCAGUGUCGAGUCUGCUCCGGAGCCGGCAAUGGAGAAGAGAUCGGAAAAGGCCAAGAGGGCAGAUAUCCCAUUCAUCCCUUGUUCAACAACCGCAUGGAUCGACGAGUGCACUGGGUGGCCUUGA